AAAAUGUAUAACAAUGUCAAUAAUUUUGGCAUGUUUUAAACUAAAUACCUGUUGCUAGAAAGUUAGCCAUGUUUAUAUGGUUUUCAAGAAGUCCUGACGGAAACCCAACAACGAAUACAUGGCAUAUAACACAACAAAACACCUCGACUCCCACGUACGACCAUAGGAUCUGGAAAAUUCGGGAUCCCGUCCGCUCUCCCCCCUUUGACAAGCCAGAUACCGCCGGAUUAGUAGUUGGGUCGGUAACGACCAGCGAAUACCUGGUGUUUUAUAUCAUCACUACUGUUUCAGAAACAGUAACUAUAGUCCAUUAUCUUCAGGAGUCUGUUAGGUAGUAGCCAGCUUCUCGUGUAGCAAUAUAACUUGUUAUAUCAA